ACGCGAAGAAGGUGGGAUCGGGAAAUUUUUGAGGGAAGCGCGACUGGAGGUGGACGCGACUCAUGUUCCUGACUACAGAAGCCACCAGCCAAAGACUAUCGUCAACCUCAACCAGACAGACUUGGGUUAUUCAGCCAUCUUUAAUGCAAGAAUCGGCAGUCGAACUUUCGGUCAACAGCGCAGGACUUCGGCUGGAACAAUCGUAGCGCGCGGACUGCUUGACUUCAUCCAAAGUUCGCGUCAAAUACACCAAAUCUACCCCGCCUUCACAAGCUCAGCUACCCGGUGUGUAAGACAAGGACAGCUCCAAUAUCCUCGAGGUUCGCUCUCGAUCAACUCCUUGCUCGCGAAUAUACAAACUGCUACCCCUAUCAGCAGCAACACCGAGUCCUUCGUCCAGCAAAAGCAUCAUCGCACCUCGACUAGAAUGGCCUCCGCCGCCGCUCCAUAUGUCGAACCCCUCAUCCUCACCACCCCCCUCUCCCUUCAACAAACCUUCACCUCCUUCCUCACCGUCGCCCUCCACACCAUCCUCUACACCCGCGAGCUUUACCCACCCUCAACAUUCAUCACCACACGCGCAUACAACUUCCCUGUCCACCAGUCCCGACACCCUUCAGUCUGCGAAUGGAUCAACAGCGCCGUCGCCGCGGUAGGAGUGCUUCUACAAAAAGGAACCGUCAAGAGGAUCGUAAUCCCGGUGUUUAGCGAGGAGGGUGUAGUGAUGGAGAGGUUCAUGUUUGACGUGGAGAGAUUUCCGGUCGUGGGGGAGAAGGAGAAGUUAGUGGAGUUCGAGGCGAGGGAUGCGAAUCCAAACAAUCCCAACUCCAAAGCCAAUCCAAACCCAAAUACCGAAGGCGCACCACAACCUCAGCCUCAGCUUAAGGCAGGCGUCAAACGCGCCGAUAUCGAAGAACAACUCCGCGGCACGAUCCGCCGUCUCGACUACGCAUGCAGUCGACUCUCUCCUCUUCCCGAAAACUGCACAUAUAGCAUCGCAGUCGAGCUGAGAGAUGAACCGGAUGUGGAGCCCCCGAUUGGACAUCCGCAGCCGUGGAUACCGAGUGAACCUAGUCUGCAGACGGGCGAGAAGGGCGAGAGCGAGACGAUUGGGAAGGAUUUAGGUGGUGUGAGGACAGUGCCGGUUAGGCUUGUCGAGGCUGGCGAGUUUGUGCUGGAGGCCUGGGUUGAGGAGGGGAGGGGGAAGUUGAGGGGAGUUGAGGGUUGAACAUCGACUCUUGAUAGAGAAAUAAAAAUCAAGAAGGUAUAGUCAGGUCAGAGGGCUGAGCUCAAGGAGGGUUGGAACGACACGAAGUGUGUCGACCGGAAGGGAGGACAUGAGCUGGAGAGGCUAUCUCGGCAUGGAGAAUAUCCAUAGCAGGAAAAGAGAUGAGAGGAUACUUGAGGGGACUCUCAUUGUGUCGGGAAGGGUUGGGAAGCCAAAUUUAUACUUCAUUACAAUGGCCAUUCAAGUAACACCACACACAAUGUAUUUUUGAAUUCUCAAACUCCAGUUACAUAUAUACACAACAUAUGUAUACAAAACCCUCAACCUCCACACUCAAACUCGAACUCGUCCUCGUCCUACACCUCGCCGUAACAGUCUUCGUAUAAUACGUCACCGUCACCGUCGUCUCAUCAUGACCCCUCUUCGUCUUCGGAUGAUCAUCGCUCUUCACAGCCGCAGCCGUAUUAUCCUCCGCUCCACUGCUGCUCGUUCCAGUAGGCUUAGCAGUAUUAUCCUCAACUUUCGUCGUAUUAUCCUCCACACCCGACGAUGUAGACGCAGACGGCGAGUUAUUAUCCGAUAACGAGGAUCCAGUCCUGGCAUUAUCUUCAGACUGAGAUGGUGAUGGUGAUGCGGAGGAGGAGGAGGAGGAGGAGGAGCGAGGACGCCCUGUACAUGCUGGGUAGAUGGUCUUGGUGAACUCGGUUAUUGUUUUGGUGCGAAGUUCUUUAUCGUCAUCACCAUCGUCGCCGCCGCCGCUGCGCUUGAGUUUGGUUUUGGGGUUGUCGUCGCUGGCAGUGCGGUCGGUGUGCGGGUUGUCUUCGGGGCCUUUGGUUGUGCUGGGUGGUGUGGAGGGGGAGGUGAUGGUCGGGGAGGAGUUGUCGUCUGAGGAGUUGGUGUGGGGGUUGUCGUCUGAGGAUGUGGUGGUGGGCACGUAGACGGUGGAGAUGUAGGUCUCGGUUAUGGUGUAGCCGGCUGUGACUGUUUGGGCGGGUCUGUGUGAUAUGUUUGUGAGAUUGGAGUUCGAUUAUAGAAUGGAAGGUAAGAGGAACGUAGAGAAGAGAGGGCUUACGGGCAAGUAGGACGAGGGUCAUCUUUUCCCUUGGAACGGGCGACAACUGCGCAAUUGGCGGAGGCAGCGAGUCCGAGGAAAACAAGUGUUGCUUGUGAGAAGCGCAUGGUGACUUGUGAUUUUUAGAAUUUGAUAGUGAGGCAGAAGAGCUUAGACUGAUGAUCGAAAAGAAUGUGUAUGGCUAAGCUGUUGCUUGAAGGUGGUUGGUUAUACGAAGCUGGUGAAGGAUAAAUUGAUACUGUUAAAUUGUUCCCAUUGUAAAGAGAUAUCCCCAAUAUAUAUCCACCUCGUCCAUCCAUUCAGUCUGUCCUACCAUCCGGACACGGCCGACAGCACGGGUACAGUACGGUACAGAUCAUGAUGUGAGUCCAUCGUCCACCCCAAUCUCCUCUGCAGCAUGCGUGCAUGAUCUCGACUUCGUCGCCAGAUCAAAGCACCGCAUGCUUGGUACCUGUCCUCACACAGCAGUUCUCUUCGAUGACUGGUCAUUGGAACAGUCCUCGGUAACCAAUGACUUGCAUUCUCAUAUGUGGCGGUGCCACAUCACGCCUCUCCUUUUACCAAGCGGUGGGAUCUGGACUCUAGAAUAAGGUUGCGGAAGAGGAGUAAGCCCACCCGUCCACCGUGAGAAAGAAUAAGCGACGAGCCUCGACGACGGGGUCAGUGGUAAUUCAAUAUGCCAUGGUUAUUUCGGGGAGUGCUGGCGGUGGCAAAUAUUACGCUUCUUCUUGCCGCACGGAGGUUUGACUUGGAACCACCAGAGAGUUGUGAGGGACUCAAUGCUGGUGCUGAUCCAUUAUCUGAUCAUUACAGCAUCUCCUCCCGUCCCAUCUUGAAGCAAGUUGACCAAUAGUUUCAUCGCACUGAAAACUUUGUUGCAAUUCAACAGCCACAUCUCCAAGUUCAAAGGUCUCUGUGCACGUUGAGUGGUCGCAGCAUAAAAGGUCUGGAUUUCAAUAUGCUGAACACCAACCACAUGGAAAAGCUAGAAUUCGUUGCGGGAGCCAUCAGAAACGUGGAGAAGACAUCUCGGGGUGGUGGUGCACUAUCAUGCUUCCAGCCCGUCAGUGGUGUUCCUGAUGUCGCCAAGCUCGCGUACCUGCAUAAGGGAGGCGAUGGGCUGGACUAGAUUCAAGUCUCGCCCCCAACAUCUUUCACUUCCCCGACUCAAGUUGCCUUCAUAGCAGUCUGAGGCACUUUUUCGUUCAAGAUCUCGGGGAAUUUAAUUGUGGAUGGCUUGGACUUGAAACAAGCCUAUUCUUCGGGUGGUAGCUUGGGUACUGUGCUGGAAGUUGGGAAUUGUGCAGAGGUUAUAUUCGGUAAUGCUGGAUGUGGCGACGCGACAAGGAUGUUCUGGGAGAGGAGAGGCAUAUAUGUUGGGAGUAGAUAUAUUCUAGGAUACAGCUAAUUGUUAAUACUUAAG